AAGUGCUGUUUGGCAGAAAUUUGAGAAGAUCUUCGCGUGUUCAAGAUGUCGAUGUCCGAGGCCGAUUUGGAGCUUAUUUCUGCUGGAUUCACGGCGAUUGUAGGCUUUCAAGUUGUUCCACCAAGCCGUGGUCAUGGUUUACCCAAACUCACGGUCCAAGAGUUGUUUAAUUGUACUUAUACACCAAGGUCACUGAAACACGUUGAUCCUGGAAAGGUGUUUGAAAUCAAUGUGAAAUCUAUAACUGGUUCUUCCUUUACAGUUGAAGUAACAUACAGUCAUACCAUCGCAGAUAUCAAGGCGAAUAUCGAAAUCAAACAAAACAUUCCCGCAAAAGAUAUCAGAUUGAUGUUUGAUGGGAAACCUGUGGAAGAUGAUCAGAGUGUUUUGGAUCUUGGUAUUCCAAGUGGGGGGGUAUUGUAUCUGUUGGUGCGACUGAGAGGUGGCGGCCCAGACUUUCAAUUGGAUCUUGAUCAAUUUGACCCCUCUUACAACUUUGAUUUCACUAGCGAAGAGGAUGAUGGGCAAGUUUUUGUUCGAGGAGGUAAAGUUUACAAAAGGCCAUAUGGUUGGCGGAGAUUUGCCGUGCAGGCUCUAGGACGAUAUGAAAAUGACAUUUGGCUUGGCCCAAACGGAAUACGCACACAGGAAGCCCAAGGUGAAUGGCCUGUAUGCUACCAUGGGACAAACCUACAGUCAGCCCGAGCAAUCAUGGAUUCUGGAUUCAAGAUCGGUGCAGGUGAUCGAUUUGGUAAAGCGGUCUAUUCCAGUCCUUCCCUUGACAUGGUUGAACGGCUCUAUGCACAAAGGUUUGAGCAUGAAGGUAGCACUUUCAAGAUCGCACUUCAAAAUCGCAUCAAUCCUUCGCCAGGCCACUUUGUUAUCAUACCUGCGGAGCAGACAGGUGUUGGGGCUGAGUAUUGGCUUUCACCACAUCAUGACGCAAAGAAGAAAAUAGACGAUUUGAGACCCUAUGGUCUUUUGUUUAAGAAAGUCUCUUAAAGUAGAAAAUUGAACAAAAGUUAGAUUAUUAAUGAAGUUUUACAAUGUUAGAUAGGCACAGAAAAUAGGAAACUAAAAAAUAGUGAAGGCGUUAUGCCAGUUGUUCAAGUUAGAUAUGUAACAAGUUCAUAUGAUCCGCUGUAAAAUUUCAUGGCGGAAAAACUUUGCAAAGCCGCAUAUAAUGAUUGGGUAGUUAGCGGUGAUAUUGAACACUUGAUGUUCUGCAACUCUAAAAUAAACUACAUAGUUAGCGGGA